UUGCUCUGAUACUUAAAUUCAGGUCCUCUCUUCAUCAAUUUGAACUGAUUGUGGUUGCUGCUUGGCCAUGCCUGCUCAAGCAACCUUGCUCCAAUUCUUCAAGCAGUCUCCUCAAGGGAAAGGGAAAUCUCUGGAACCACCAAAGAAGAGGUUAAAGACAGAUCCAGAAGAGGUGAACUCAAGGGAAGAGUGUAAUAGUACCUUUGACGAGGAGCAAUUGGAAAGAAUGGAGAACAACAAGAUCACUGCCCUCAUCCGUCGUCAGGUGAAGCUGACUCCAGCACUCUGUGAAAAUAUUGGGAGGUCUUGGUUUAAGGCUCUGGAACCUGAAUUCAAUAAACCAUACUUUGUGAAGCUCAGUGAAUUCCUGGUGAGUGAGAGAAGCAAAUCCAAGGUUUUCCCUCCAGAGAACCAAGUCUAUUCAUGGAGUACUCACUGUGCCAUAAAUGAAGUAAAGGUUGUUCUUCUGGGCCAAGACCCAUACCAUAAUCCAGGACAGGCCCAUGGCCUUGCAUUCUCUGUCCCAACAGGAGUUGAUCCACCACCAAGCUUAUUGAACAUCUUCAAGGAACUGAAGAGUGACAUUGAAGGAUUUGAAGUACCUGAUCAUGGAAACUUGACUGGAUGGGCUCAGCAAGGUGUCCUUCUUCUUAAUGCCGGUCUCACUGUGAGAGCUUUCUGUGCCAAUUCGCAUAAGGAAGCUGGAUGGAGCCACUUCACUGAUGCUGUGAUCAAAUGUCUCAGUAGCCAAAAGCAGCCAAUCGUCUUUCUUCUUUGGGGUUCAUUUGCUCAACAGAAGCAAUCACUAAUUGAUACUAAAGUCCACCAUGUGCUGAAGUGUCCACAUCCAUCACCAUUGUCAGCCCAUCGGGGUUUCCUUGGAUGCGCUCAUUUCUCCAAGGCCAAUCAGCUGCUUCGCAAGAGUGGUCGCAAGUGUAUCAAUUGGAGUUACUUGCCCAAAUAAUUGGAGAUGCGUCAAGUCUCUGAAUCCAUUUUCAUGGAAAUCUGCAAAAUGUGCCUUCUGGAAUUGAUAGAAGUUACCUCAGUUUUUGUACGAAUAUUGACAUGUUUGCUUUUUUUUCUAUUCUUUUUUUCUCUGGUACUCUUGAAUUUCAUGCACUCCAGAAAACAGUGAUCUAAAAUAGAGGAAUAAAUUCUCUUCUUUGCUUA